GCUCUCUCUUCUCUCUCCUCUACUGGUGGGUGCAUCGCGUCACGCGUCAUGCGCUCCAGUCAGAGUCGCCACCUUCGGAGCCCCAUCCAUAGCCAUCCGAAUAUCCUCCAUCCUGCGACACACCACACCACACAUCAACCAGCCCACGCAAUCCACAAUCUUCGUGUCAUUCAAGCGUACGUCAGCCGCCCCAUAGGCAUCGCCAUCGUUGCCCCCGUAGUCGUAUUCUGGGUCGCCACCGCCCUCCUCCGCACCAUCGGCUGCAGCCGCUGCGGCAUCUGACUGAUCGACGUGCUCCUCAACUACUGCAGGCACCAGGCGAGAGACGGGAGCAAAAGAGAGACAGUGAGGGUGAUGUCGGUGGUGAGGGGACUCGCUUCCCCUUUACCUUCGUACGAGCCAUAUCCAUCGUCAUGCGAGCCGCUAUUGACUUCGCUCUCCUCCCCCUCGUCAUCCUCGCUAUCUUGGUCUCCAUACGAUCGGCCAGCCGAGAGAGCCUCAGCGGGCUGCUCGUCGACGAUGUAGAACCCGCCAAUGUGCCCCACAUAAGACGGCUCGUCAUCUGCUGGUACGCCACAGAAAGCGAAAGCAGGAAAGCAGUUGUGGUGUAUAUAUCCGUGUGUUGAUGAGUGCAUCAGUCUUCUCUCGUCUGUCUCACCGUACGGGCCGUUCGCCGCUGGGUCCUGGUCGUCAUCCACCAUCCACAGCCCGCCAGUAUGAGCAACCUCGUUCUCGUAAUCAUUCUCUGCAUACAUACACGCACAGAUGGAUGGACGGAUGGAUGGAUGGAUGCAUGGAUGGCCCGUCCUGUGUUUGUUCGCCCACCAUAUGUGUCAUCUGGCUCGUCAUCUAAGACGGUAAACCCGCCAACACGGUACACAGGAGACUCUGCGCCAUCCGGCGGAUCCGCCCAAUCGUAGCUGGGCUCGUCGUACCCACCAUCCCCUAUCACACACACACACACACACAGAGACACACACAGAGAGAGAGAGAGAGAGAAAAUGGAAAUGUGCGCACCAGUGAAUGGAAAUGGGCGCACCAGUUCAUCCGCGCCACAUGAUCCCUCUCUCUAUGUGAUUCUCUGCUUACCGGCCGUCGAUGAGUGCACCGGCCUCCCGGUCGCGUACAGCUCGUCCAUGCGCCCCUCGACCUGGUAAUACCCCUCCAUGGCCUCACGAAAGUCCCUGACGCCCAAUGACUGCGCCAUAUCCCGCGCGUCGCCCUCGUCAAUGUCCAACUCGUCCAGCAGCUCGCUCAGCGGCACCCUGUCCACGAUGCACUGGGCGGGGAUGCACGAGUCGAACACCACCUCCUCGCUCGCAUCUGCAAAGUUGUGGGCCCUCUGGUCAGGGAGGCGGCCGCUCACGUCGUGGCCUCGAUUGCCAUCGUCCGGGCGGAUGACGAGCAGCGUUUUGUCGCGGAUGUUCUCGUCGCGCAGGCCGUAGUAGAGUGCGGCAGAGGGGGACUUGCUGGUGGAGAUCCAUGUGCUGCGCUGCUGGGAGCCGAACCGGACGUGGUCUUCCAGGGCUGUCCGCUGAUAGCCGUAUCUCUCCAGAUCACCGCCUCGCCGCACACCAGGGUCAUCGUCUACACGGUAAAGGACACCUGGCUGAGGCCGCGCAGCCAUUUCAGGAAGGGAAGAGAAU